AAGCUUCCUGUUUGCUUUGCAGAAAGGCGAUUGUUAAAUUGGACAGGAAGCUAGACGUGCAAUUGGUUGUCAGCUUGUUGAAGGAAAGUGUCUCUUGCAAGCAACUUGUAGAAGGGAUUAAGUGCUACAUCUGGUUAAUGAGCAACACGCAAACUUGAAAAGCAGAAACAAUGGCUACAUCCCAAGUGCCAAAAGACCCCAAGCUCUAUGAGCUGCUAGGAGUUGACCGGUCCGCUUCUGAAGAGGAGAUCAAGCUUGCAUAUGGCGAGAAGGCCAUUCAGCUGCAAGAAAGGAUGGCCAACGUCUUUGGUCCCCGCACCGCCGACCCUGCCGCUCUCGAGUUUGAGCGCCUCCAGUUGCAACAAUUGAGCGCAGCCCUCGAGGUGCUGACUGACCCCCAGCAGCGCUUGGCAUACGACGUCACCUUUCCCCCUAGUUACGGAAAGGAAGCAGAGGAGAAGACGGUUCAAAUCCCAGAGGGGCCUCCCAAGGCACAGAAUGAGCAAGCGCAGGCUCUGGCAUCUGCAGCCAUUGCGUUUGCUAAGCUGCUGGGCAAAGGCAAGCUCUUUGAGGACUAUGUUGGACAAUUGGCGACGUUGGCCGCUAUCAUCUUCGAAACAGGGGGUGACAUUGGAGGCGACGCGAAGCCUGUCAUUAAGGAGCUGAAUCAGGAACGUAUCGAGACUCUGGCCGAAAUCCUCAAGCUCAAGAUUCAGCCGUACGUGACUGGAGACAAAGAGGGAUUCCGCCAAGCCGUUCGAGAAGAGGCAGAGGUUCUUCAACAAACGCCAUUUGGAGUGCCGAUGAUGCACCUGAUCGGGUACGCAUACGAGCGGGCCGCCAAUCCGUAUUUGGGCCAUGUCGUCAGCGAGUGGUUCACGAGGAUGGGGCACAAGCUGUCGGUCUUGGCCAACGCCGCGCACGGCUACGCGAGCGUGAAUGUGAUGAAGUACGACGUAUUCCACCGGCAGAGCUACUUCGUGAAGGACGUCAUGCCCGCCAAGGAAAUGGCCGAGUACUUUGAGGACCGCCUGGGUUGGCUCAUCACCUCGCUCUGGGAGCUCAACUGCAAGGACGCGGACGACACGUUGGCGGCUGUGACGUCACGUGUGUUGACGCAGGGUGACGUCAGCAAGGAAGAGAUCCGACUGCGCGCAGAGGCCAUCAAGGAGAUUGCGACGGUGUUCCAGGACGCCAAGUUCGUGCCCCCACCUGCUCCCCCUGCCAAGCUGCAAGAAGCAGCCCCCGGAAGCCACCGCACCUGGGACGACGCUCUUGAACAAGGAACGGAUUCCGCCAAGUCGGGAGCGGAUCAAGCCAGCGGAGCUGCGAAGUCAGGGGUAGACCAAGCUAGAGGCUCGGCAAAGGAGGGCACGGAGCAGGCACGGGAUGCAGCAAAGUCCGGCGUCGAACAGGGCCGGGGUGCGGUCAAGUCUGGCGCGGAGUCGGCGAGAGAUGCCGUUCAUUCCACGACGGAUCAGGCGCACGACGCGGCGCUGUCAGGAAUUGACCAGGCACGUGACGCAACCCACGACGGAGUGGAACAGGCCCGUGGCGUUGCCAAGGACGUUGCUGCCAAGGCUGGCCCUACUGCCGAGAAGAUCAACAAGGAGCACAUCCAGCCCCUGGGCGAGGAGGCCGCGGCGCAAGUCGUCAGCAAGACCGGGAUGCUGACGUCUGAUUACAUCAGGCCGGCAGCGGACGACCUCGCAGAGAACGCGGAGCCCAAGACCAAGGAGUUUACAGAGGAAACUCUGAAGCCCACAGUGGCUGACGCCGCGGACAAGGGUGUGGCGGCAGUCUCCGACUUCACCGAGGGCACGCUCAAGCCUGCUGCCAAGGAGGUGGCCGAGAAAGCAGAGCCCAAGACGAAAGAGUUUACGGAGCAGACGCUCAAGCCGGCUGCGAAGCAGGUGGCUGACGACACCAAUGCUGCCGCUGAAGAGCUUGCCGAGGGUGCGAUCAAGCCUGCCGCCCACAGGGUUGCCGAGGACGCACAGGCGGUCGCUGACAACAGCAGAGACGUCAUCGUGGGGUCCGCCGAAGAAGUGGCGUCGCGCCUCCAGCCGACCGCCGACGAGUUCAACUCCAAGACGCUGAAGCCCCUUGCCAAGGAGGUCGCCGAAAACAUUGAGCCCGACACUAAACGCUUCACUCAGGAGCAGCUGCAACCUGCGGCGGCCCAGCUGGCGGAAACGAUCCCCGAGGCCAUGGACCGGUUUGUGGAAGAAGGGCUCAAGCCAGCAGCGGACUAUAUUGCGGACAACGCCGAGCCCCUCGCCGACAAGAUUGCCAAGGAAGACCUGCGACCUCUCACCGAGGCAGUCGUAGGGUUAGCCCAACAAGCGCAGAAGUCGGCAAAGGAAGCCAAGCCCCGAAUCCGUGAGGGUGCCGAGGCGCUUAAGCAAGCUACCGACGAGUCAAAGCAAGGGCUUAAGGAAGGGCUUAGCAAGGCGCAGGGGACCGCACAGAAGACGGCGGACCAGGUCAAGGAUCGGGUUAGCGAGGGGCAGAAGGGCGCUGAGAAGGCAGCGGGGCAGGUUAAGGAGGGGGUCAACGAGACAGCGGACCGGGUGAAGGGAGGGGUGGAGCAAGGGAAGAAGGCGACCGAGGAUGCCACGGACAAGGUUAGCGACAAGGUUAAGCAGGGUGGCGAGAAGGGCAAGCAAGCAGCCGGGCAGGUUAAGGAGGGAGUUAGCGGGAGGGGUUCCGAGGACGUGAGUUUGGGGGAAGCUGGGCGGAAGAGAGCGACGGAGGAAGGGGCUGGGAAGAGGAACGAAAAGGAGGCGAAGGUGACCGGGGAGAAGGACAACCAGAGAGGGGCUCACUCUACCGGGGACAAGAGAGACGAGACGGAGGCGAAGUCGGGUGGAGACAAGAAGGAUGUGAAGAACAUUGCGGAGGACACCGUGGCAGCUGUGGAGCAGUCCUUGGUCGACAGUCUCCGCACCCAAGCGCUGGACCCCUUGGCCAAGGAGGUGGAGUCUCAAGCCGUCCCCCUGGCGCGCCACCUCAACCGCGGCAUGCUCCAGCCCGCGGCCGCCGAGUACGCCGACCAGUUCGAGGCGGCGGCCAAGGACUUGUGCGACACUGUUGGGCCGGUCGCCGAAAGACUGCCCAACUCGCUCAAAAACGCCAUCCACAGGCGGCGCGUGCCAGAAGAGCUGGCGCCGGACCUCUCAGUGAUCGCUGUGCGCAUGGAGCCCCUCAUCGACCGCAUUGUGGACAUCGCCAUCGAGGUGCGCAAGCAGGCGCCGGCGGUCGCGCAGAAGAUCCCCGAGACCGCAGAGAAGCUGGGACAGGUUAUUGAGGAGGGCGCCCAGAAGGUGGCGGAUCAGGCCCAGCCCGCAGCGGACAAGGUUGGCGACAUCGUCGAGGCGAACGUGCACGUGGCAGCAGAAAAGACGACUGACCUGGCAAAGAUCGCCGUGGAGAAGCUGCCAGAUGACAUCACUCUCAAAAUCGAGGAAGUCGUCAACGAGCCAGCAGACACGUCAGCGGGUGCUAAGGCAGAAGAGACCGGAGACAAGGUCAAAUCAACUGCUGAGAGCGCCAAGGGCAAGGCAGGCGAGGUGGCAGACGAAGAGAAGGUGAAGCAGGCCGGCGAGAAGGCGCGCUCGGCCGUCGAUGACGCGACAUCGACGGCGCAGGACGCGUCUGAGAAGGCCAAGGCGAAAGCGGACGAGACGGCGGAGAGCGCGAAGGAUGUCGUGGACCGGGCCGGGAAGAGCGCGGAAUCGGCGGCGGGUGACGCGGCUGACGUGGCGAAAUCGGCGGCACAAAUCGCGCAGGAGCGCGGCGACCAAGCGGAAAAGAUCUUGAAGAGCGCGGCCAAGGACAUUGCGGAGAACGUGCGGCCCGCCGCGGACGAACUGGGGGAGCAAAUGAAGGACUUCGCCAAGGAGGCCGCGGACGACAUCGAGCCGGCCGCGGCGCGCGUCUCGGAGCAGCUCGAGAGCGCGGCCCACGACGUCGCCGUCAACGCGGAGCCGACGGCCGACCGCGUUGCGGCCGCGAUCUCAGACACCGCCCAACAAGCAUCCGCAGACUUGCCGAAGGCGGCGGAGCGCGUCUCUGCUGACGUGGAGAAGGCGGCGCGGACUGUGGCGGAAAAUGCGGAGCCGGCGGCUAAUGACAUGGCAAAGCAAAUCAAAGGGAGUGCCGCGGCGGUCGGGGAUAGCGUGGUGACGUAUGCGGACAGCGCGGCCGUGGGGCUGGAGACGGCGGCUCACGACGUGACGGAGAGUGCGGAGCCCGCGGCAGAGCAGGUGUCCAAGGAUCUGAAGGCCGGCGCUGAGGCCGUCGCUUCGGACAGCAAGGCGGCCGCGGACAAGACUGCGGACAAUCUGAACGCGUCCGCAGCCCAGGUGGCGAAGGAUGCGCGCCCGACGGCCGACAAGUUGUCCAAGAACCUGGAAGAAACGGCUGAAGUCGCGGCAGAGAAAGCCAUCAAGCCGGCUGCCAAGUCCGCGGGCGACACCCUGGAGAGCACGGCCAAAACCGCCGGCAAGAACCUGGACGAGGGCGCGGAUUCCGCUGCGGACAAGGUGAAGGAGAAGACGGACUCCGUUGCGGAGGAGGCGAAGCGGAAGACCGGAUCUGCGGCGGAGACGGUGAAGAGCACAACGGAUGACGUCGCGAAGAAGGCAAAGGAGACGGCCGACAAAGGGGCGGAGAAAGCAAAGGAGACGACGGACAGUGCGGCGGAUAAGGCCAAGGAAACUGCGGACAGUGCGGCGGAUAAGACCAAAGAGACGACGGACAGCGCAGCUGAGAGUGCCAAGAAGGGGGCUGAUAAGGGCGCGGAGAAGGCGAAGGAGGGAACGGAGAAUCUGAAGGAAGGUGCCGAGAAUUACAAGGAAAAGCUGAAGCAGGGGGCGGAGUCGGCUGGGGAGAAGAUGCAACAGAAGACGAAGGAGGCUGAAAAAAACGCGCGUCAACUCGGGGCGUAGCGGGAUUGAGGAGUUUGUUGGUGCUUUACGGUUAAUUUGCGUAUGGCGGUGGUUGUGAGUAGGGAUGGAAUACUGUUAACGGUGGUGGUGAGAGGGAUGGUUAUUGCCUAAGUGGUAAGGUAGAUAUUGAGCCAAACAUUUUGCAAGUUGCGGGCGCCUACCUAGUUCUUGCACGCACAGAUAGCGAAACUCUAGAUUGCGGCCUGUAUAUAAAUCUUUGAUGGAAGAUAUGCUGAGCUGGUUUUAGGUUUUCAAUCCUGUCAAUUCUACUUAGUAUGUGAGUGUCUGUUCUUGAACGAGUCCUUUGAG